GCCCGUGUGGUUCUGUUUCCAAUUUUGCUGUCACGUGACACACGUGAUCAAUUUCUUGUGUUUAAUUUUGUAAAUUUGUCAACUAUAACAAUUUAUACAUAGAUUUGAAAUUCGGUAUAAGUGUCGAAAAACGAGUCCAGGGAGUGCUUAAUUUUCAUUUUAACAAACAAUACAAGGAAACUAAGGGAAUCAGAAAGGUUAUGUUUCAACCUUUCCUCUCAUGUUCAUUUCAGUAUACAACUUUUGAAAACGCGACUUUGACGGAUGGAACAAUUUUUGCAACUUCCAUCGAUCGUUGACUGAUGACAAUAGGACAUGAAAUUCUGCACUACUAUUAGUAAAACGUUUUUCCACUCGGUCCAAACGUUUUCAGCAAAACGAUUUAUUUCAAUAACAACAAUGGCAAAGAGCAAGUUCGAAUAUGUCAAAGGAUUCGAAAGCCCAGACAAUUGUUUGCCAAAUUGUUGGAUAGUUGUCAGAAUAGAUGGCAAAAAUUUUUCCAAAUUUUCCAAAGUUCACAAUUUUACAAAACCUAAUGAUGAACGAGCUCUAAAUUUAAUGAGACAAGCAGCAACUACUGUAAUGGAAGAAUUUAAUGAAAUUGUCAUUUCUUAUGGACAAAGCGAUGAAUUUUCAUUUGUUUUCAAAAAAGAUACAGCAGUCUAUAAUAGACGAGCUUCAAAAAUUUUGUCCAAUGUAAAUUCGUUAUUUACAUCCUCUUAUGUGUUUCACUGGGACAAAUAUAUGGGAGAUGUAAAAUUGCAAUAUCCCCCAUCCUUUGAUGCGAGAACAGUUUUGUAUCCCAGUGAUGAAAAUUUGAAAGAUUAUUUAUCAUGGAGACAAGCUGACGUGCACGUUAACAAUUUGUAUAACACAUGCUUUUGGAAUCUUGUACUCAAAAAGAACAUGAAAACCAUUGAGGCUCAAGAGUUUUUGAAAGGUACUUUCUCAGCGGACAAGAACGAAUUACUAUUUCAAGAAUUUGGCAUCAAUUACAACAAUGAGCCACAAUACUUUCGGAAAGGAACGACUCUAUUGCGUAAAAUAGUGACAGAUGAGAGUGGGAAAACGAAGAAAAUGGUUGUACCAUUCAUAGGUGACAUAAUAGGUGAACGUUUUUGGCGGGAUAACCCCGAGAUCUUAGGUUUGAAAAAGCAGAAAACCAUGAAAACUGAAAAUACAUCGUCGACGACGAAAGAGGAAAAAGUUGAAAAAAUUGCGACCUAAAUGGGGAAUUCGGACAUUCGCAAGCUCGAUAACCACGAGCUAGAGUGGAAUGCAUCGCAAUUUUAUUAAUUUUAACAUUUUACAUCUAAUAAAUUAACAAUUUUUUUUCUGCCGUGGAAUAUAAUACUAUAUAUGUGA